AUGAAUCUAAUGAAUCUAAUGGUUCCUAAAUUUAAAUCAAUUCAUCAUUUAUUAAUAAUCUUAUCAAUAUUAUGGAUAGGUACAUUUUAUAUACAAGAAAGAUUCAUAACAUAUAAUACAAUAACCAAAUGCAAUUGGCCAAACUUAUCUCAACUGGUACUGCUGCAACUGCAACUGGAACUGCUGCUACCAUCUCCUUCAAGAGCAAAUAUCUUAUUAAUUGCUGAUCCUCAAUUAAUUGAUCAACAUACUUAUCCUGGUAGAAAUAAAUUAUUAUUAAAAUUAUCACAACAUACAGUUGAUAUAUAUUUGAAAAAGAACUAUAAAUACCUACUUCAACAUUUACAACCAAAUUAUGUCAUAUUCUUAGGUGAUUUAUUAGAUAAUGGAAGAGGAAGUGAUGAUUCAUAUUUUAAAUCUCAAUAUAAUCGAUUUAAUAAAAUCUUUUAUAAUAAUUAUAACAAAAGAUAUGUUCAAAAUACAAAUUGGUUUACAAAUCUACCUGGAAAUCAUGAUAUUGGAUUCGGUGAUUUAAUUAAUACAAAUACAAGACAACGAUUUAUUGAACAUUUUGGCGAUCAACAAAUAAAAACAAUCAAUGGGGCAGAUUUAAUCAUGUUAGAUACUCCUUCGUUAUCUUCUCUGAAUGAGGCUAUUAAUGCAAAAUCAAAAGAAUUUUUGAUUUCCAAUUUCCAAAAUCAACCUAAAACUAAUCAUAGAAUAUUAUUAUCUCAUGUUCCAUUAUAUCGUGAUCCUGAAACUUCUUGUGGGUUAUAUCGAGAAACGAAAAAAUUUGAUGUAUUAGGUCAUGGAUAUCAAUAUCAAAAUUCAUUAAAACCCGAUAUUUCCAAAUAUUUAUUAGAUUUGGUCCAACCAGAUUUAAUCUUCUCGGGAGAUGAUCAUGAUUAUUGUGAUGUUAAUCAUCAUAUUACAGACGGAGAACAUGAACAAAAUUUCCGAGAAAUAACUGUCAAGUCAAUAAGUUUGGCAAUGGGUAUCAAGUAUCCAGCAGUUCAAUUAUUAUCAUAUACUGACGAAGAAGCUACCUUCAAUUAUGAUAGUGAAAUUUGUUAUUUACAAACUCCCUAUUGGAAUAUUAUUCAUUAUGUAUUCAUGUCUAUAAUAUCUGUAUUGAUGAUAUUAUGGUGGAAUGUAAAACAGAAACCAAGCAGAUUUACUUAUACUUCAUUGUUACCCAUAUAUAGUCAUUCAACCGUGAAUAUCCCAUUUGAAUCACAUUCCAAAAAAAUCCAUCGAUUCUUAAAAGAACAAGAUGAAGAAGAAAAAACUGAAUUAAUAGAUUCUCCAACAUCAUCAUCUUUAUCAUCUACUACAUAUACAUUACCAAACACAAAAAUAUCAAGUAUUCCAAAAUAUACAUUCACUCAAACUAAUCAUUCAAAAUUAUCAACAACAUUUAAGAAUUCUAAACUUGGAAAAGUUUAUAUAUUAAAUAAGAGAAGGAUGUUUACGUUUAUGAAGAGAUGGAAUUUAUUUUCAUUUGGUAAAAAUAUACUUGUAUUAGGUGGAAUAGUUAUUGCUAUUUAUUAUAUCGGGUUUUGUUUAACUUUAUAG